AUUUGUAAAAAAUCUAUUCAAGUAUCUAGAAAAUUGACCGAGACUACGAAAAUGGCAGGAUCUGAACAGAAACCAAAGAUUAUGGCCUGUGACUUUGAGAUCAAUGGCAACCUGCAAAAGGAGGCCUUCGAGCUGUUUGCCGUCGCUCAGGCCAAGCUCUUGGGGCUACGUGGCUACAUCAUGCAGGUGACCGAAGAAAAGUACAAGGGCCAGCUGCAGGGCGAGGGCAAGGUGAUCGAGGCGUUCGAAAACCUUAUCAAGAGUGCCGCCGAAUAUGUGGCAGCCAUUAAGGAGUUCAUCGUGAAGAACUUGAAAAUAAUCGAAGAGUACACCUAUGAAGCAUUCGAGAUCAAGAGGAAAACUUAAGAAAGUGUCUGGGUUAUUAUCUAAUACAUACAUAUACAUAGUACA